AUGUCUGAAGUUCUCGGUGUUAUCGUCCUUGCCCGCAACGGUGACCGUACGGCCUACUAUCAAGACCCGAAGAACUAUGAGGCGUCUUACACGGAGACGACUGCUCUCGGUGCUGCCGAGUCUCACCAGCUUGGCUCUUUCCUGCGCUCAGUUUACUUGAGCAGCUCUUCUCCUUCGUACAUCGAGGGCAUGCAAACUGAUCUCGUUGAUAACCACGAGGUUCAUGUCCACGUUAAAGCCGGUGGAGAAGGAACUGUUAUCUUCGAUUCAGCCAUUGCCCUUCUUCAGGGCUUGUUCCCCCCCAACCCUCUGAACAAGAUCGAUCUUGCUAACGAGACCACCGUCAUUGCACCUUUGGGUGGAUACCAAUAUGUCCCCGUUGAAACCGUAGAGCCUGGUAACGAUCGUUCGCUCGAACCUUGGACUAACUGUCCUGCUUUCGAGCAACAUAUCGCAGAUUUCUAUGCUUCGGAAGAGUUCAGGAGCACUUCCAAGGCUGCUGGUACUUUCUUCGGCGCUGUCAGAGAUUUCACUUUCGGUCGACCUACUACUUUAGAGAAUGCCAUCUACGACUACGUCAACACUGAGCUUAUUCACAACAAAACCUAUGCCUUCCGUCUCCCCCCCACUCUCAUUGACCAGGCUCGAGGUUUUGCGGACUUCCACGAGAACGGUGUCUUCUCUGACAAGGAGCCCGGAGGAAUUGGCAACAUUGCUGGUCGUACAAUUCUCCACUCCAUUCUCAGCUCUCUUCAACGUGUUGCAUUCAACGGAGACCCCCUUCAAUUUGAGUUGAUCGAAACCAGUUACCAGCCUUUCAUUUCUCUCUUCCACAUGACUGAAAUGGUCAAGGAAAACCCCGAGCUUGCUGGAAUCCCCAAUUACGCCUCUGCCCUCGCCUUUGAACUCCGCCGUGGACCCGCCCCUGACAGCCGUGAUUUCCUGAGGAUCAAAUUUAAGAACGGUACUUAUGACAACUUCCAGACUUACCACGUCUUUGGCCACAAGUCGGAUAUCGCCCUCACUGAAUUCAUCUACAGGAUCGAGAACUACGCCAUCACUAGUCAGAGACAAUGGGCAGCAGUUUGCAACUCUGAAUCGGCUGACGACUUCAUGGGAACCAGCAGCUACGGUGCCCGCACUGCUUUGGCCGGCGUCCUCGCUGCAGUCCUUCUUCUUGGCGCCUUCGUCGUCAACAAGUUCGUCAAGCGCUCCUGCCGUGCUAAGACUCAGAUCCGCUUACAGGGUGACGAGGUGAGUGACGGCCACAGAAAUUAUGGGGCUAUUCCGAACGUCAGCUUUGAACACUGGGCUCAUGCUUGGAUAUGA